CCCUAUUACUACUUAAACUAAGAAACAUGAAAGUAGGAUGGUGUUGAAACUAACCAAUAAGAACCUUUUGUACUUUUCUUUCUUGCGCUAAGUGUUUGGAAGCUUGUUACAAGAAAAUAAAACUCUCUUUCAUCUCAUGGAUGAUCACCUUACCCUAGGAAUCGAAACAAGCAUGGAACUUCUAGAAAACAACAUCAAUCCUUCCCUUGGAAGUUUCAUUUCAUCCAAUAUUAGUGUUCAUGGGAUUACGCCUAUGUCUGCCGACAAUUUCUCAGAUCAUCAUCAUCAAAGUAAUGAGCGUAGUCUUCCAUUCAUGCCUUUACCCGAUGGCACUAAUAACGAUCUAAGCAUUAAUUCAAGUAGAUGUCAUCAGGGUGCUUCUUUCUAUGAUCCGACGACACAUCUCCCUACCACCAUAGACGAUAUUAUCAAGAGGAUGUCUGGUGUUGAAAGCUUGGGGAAUUCAAAAUCGUCCGUAUUUAGUUGUGGAGUUACUGGAGAGAAUAAAGGAAUCAGAAAUUAUGGCUAUGGUGGUAAAAAGAGAAAGAAAAACAUCAAAGCUGAAGCGGAGAAACCACGAGAAGUUGUUCAUGUUAGAGCAAGGAGAGGUGAAGCUACUGAUAGUCAUAGUUUGGCUGAAAGGAUGAGAAGGGAGAAAAUAAACCAAAAGCUACGAUGUUUGCAAGAACUAGUUCCAGGUUGUUAUAAGACAAUGGGAAUGUCAGUAAUGUUGGACGUAACAAUUAGUUAUAUCCGAUCUUUGCAGAAUCAGAUAGAGUUUCUGUCAAUGAAGCUCUCAGCGGCAAGCAUGUUUUAUGACUUCAACUCCGCUGAAAUGGAGGCUUUGGAUACAAUGAAGGGAGUAAAUGGAUAUGAAGCACAAGUUAUGGACAGGAUGGGUGGAGAAGGGUAUGGAGAUCUUGCACAAUUUCAAUCAAUAUGGCCACUAUGAACUCCAUGCAUCUCUUUGAAUCGAUACGA